UCAGAGGCAAAGCAUCCUCGAGUCUACGUGAAAAGCGCAUUCAUCACCGUCUUCUGGCGCUUCUUCUUCUUCUACAUCAUGGGCGCCCUCUGUGUUGGCGUGCUCAUCGCAUACAACGACCCAACCCUCGUGUCCAUCUUUAUCACCAACGCCAGCGAUGGCGCUGAGGGAUCCUCGCCAUUCAUCAUUGCAAUGCAGAAUCUCAAUAUGAGUGGACUGCCACACCUGACGAAUGCACUUCUCGUGACGACCAUCUUCUCCGCUGGCAACAGCUACAUGUACGCCGCCAGUCGCAGUCUGUAUGGCCUCGCGGUGGACGGCAGAGCUCCACACUUUCUGGCCAAAUGCACCAAGAAAGGAGUGCCCAUAUACUGCGUCAUGGUCGUGAUGUGCUUCCCUCUGCUGUCGCUGCUUCAACUGGGCAACGGAUCCUCGCAAGCACUCACCUGGCUCACCAAUCUCAUUACUGCCGGGGGCAUCAUCAACUAUAUUGUCGUCUCGGUGACGUAUAUCUUCUUCUACUGGGCCUGUCAGACACAAAACGUCGAUCGCGCCAAGUUCCCAUACUACGGACGAUUCCAGCCAUACAGCGCCUGGAUCGGACUGGUUGGGGAGUCGCUGAUUGUGAUUUUCUACGGUUACGCCAGCUUCACCCCGUGGGAUGUCUCCAACUUUUUCACGCAUUACGCGAUGCUCAUCGUGGCUGUUAUUACGUAUUCCUUCUGGAAACUCGCCUAUCGCACCAAGGUUGCGAGGGCCCAAGAGGCAGAUUUGAUCUGGGAGCGACCGCUGGUUGAUGCUUAUGAGGCGGUGGUAACAUCGCCUCCUGUUGGGUUCUGGGCUGAGAUACUUCAGAUGGUUGGAUGGAAAGAUCCCAAGAGGCAGAGUGGAGAUACAGCCUAG